AUGCCUUCGACCACUCCCCAGGCCGCUCCUGGGCAUCGUCAUGGCCGUUCUCACUCUCGCAACAACUCAAUCUCUCUUCAAUCUUUGCCAACUCCCAUCUCGACGACCACCCACGAACCCACCACCUCCGCUUCUACGCAGUCCCUUCCUCCACCCCCCAAACGAAACUCCCACCAUCGUCGCAGGUCAUCGGUUUCUACUCGGCGCGAAUCAGCAGAUAUGAUGGGUGUUUCCAUUCCGGACUCUGCCAUCUCUCCUGCAGAAGAUCCAGCAGAGCGGGAUUCCGUUCGCCGCAAUGCUCUUUGGGCUCUGGAAGGAAAACGUGACGCGUCAUUUUCCAAGGUAGAAAUUCCUGAGCUUGUGCCAUUUGAAUUUCCGACCAAGCCAUCUUUUCCACCAGGAUCCGGUGCAUUCGCGGUCAAGCGAGACUCAUUCAAACCUGCGUCCAAAGACUCUUUGCAUACUCUUGUUGAGGAGGAGGAGGAAGAAGAUGAAUCGGAAAAAUCACGUGCCCCACCCACUCCCACAACACCGACAUCUCUGUUCAUGCGCAAUAUCACCGCUCGGCCACGACCUCCUCAUCUUCGCCCCCUGUCGCUUACCCCAGACAGUCUUCCACUACAUAAUCUGCCCUCUCCUGCAUCACCGAAGCGUUCCAGUCUGAAGAUCCUUGCUCUGGCCCCCGAUGCCGCCGUCUCACCUGCUACUACUCGACCGCGUCCGGUACUCAACCUAAAACUGUCACCGGAGGCUAUAUCACCGGAGGAAGCAGUGAAUCGGCCAACACCACUACGCAAGAGUAGCAUCUCGUACAAAACAUCUACCUCCAAUGCUGCAGGUUUACCGACACCCGAGUCGACUCCGACUUGCUCCGAACGCCGGUUUUCCACCUUCACCCACUCGUCCAUCUCAAGUCGCGGUAGUCUAGGAAGCAAUGCUAGCAGCACCCGACUCGAGGAUGACAUAAUAUCGGGCAGUCGUCCCCUCAGCGUCAGCGAGCAGCACUUUCUGUUCAAAAGUCAUAAUGCCCUCCUCGCCCGAAUCACCGAUUUGGAGCGAGCGUUGUCCUUUCGGAGUAACCGCGAUUCGCGACCUUCUUCGGUUGCUUCUUCUCUUUCUGUUAAUUCCCGUUCCGGUUCCUCCGACAAUGAGGAGCCGCUAGACGAAAUGGUUUCACUUGUGACAGACCUCAAGCUGGAACGAGAUGAGCUUAAGCGGGACGUUGAAGGAUGGAGGACACGCGUUUCAGAUAUGGAAAAGCAACUCACCGUGUUCACCAACCGCGUUGAAGUCGAGCGUCGGGAAGCCUGGGUCGCUCGUACGCAAUUGGGGCUUGUCGAGGUCGAGAGGAACAGUCUUUCCAAGCGUGUUAGCGAACUCGAGGUCACCAACGACCAAUUGAUUCAAAGCCAAGAGGAUCUCAAGCAGACAAUUUCUCAACUCCUUGCCGAGAAAGAGAAUAUUGCCACCGAACUGCAAGCAGCGAAGAGCAAGGUUUACCCCGAGCUUGACCCGCUCAGCACUCCCCGCGCUUUCGAUGGCCCCGUUGUUCCAUUGCGCCCCGUCACUUUGUCCAUGAAACGUGGUCUUGGUUUGACAUCUUUCGACUCCGCAAGCUCGUUUGCUGAAGAUGAGGCAUCUCUCAAACUGCAUUGUGUGGAAGAAGAGGAGGAUGAACUGGCGGGUUAUGAAGACGAGGAUGAGAAUGAUGUUUUGCUUAGUCCCUCGUCAUCCUUCGGUUCGCUUGACGACUUCAACCCAUCAGUCGAAACUGCCCCUCAAGCUGCUCCGACACAUGGCGCCAAGCUCUCGAUUUCUAAAUGGACGUUCCCCAAGAAUGUCCUCCCCAAAUCGGAGUCGCAAGAAUCAGACGUCGAUCGAUUCUUCGGUUGCCUCGAAGAUCUCGACGAGCCUCUUUCACCAGAUUGCCCAAACUACGCUGAAUACGACGAGCAAACAAGCAAGGGGUUGUUCGCCAAGGGAUUUGACGUCGGUGAUGCCAAAUCUUGCUUUGUCUUGCCUGCGUCUGUGCUUGCGAGCGCAGAGGCUACUUUCGUUCUGGAUUCAGUUGAGGAGGAGGAUGAGACUGAAGCUGAAACCGUCGUUGAAGACGGAGAAGUUAACAAUGGAAUCAAGAUCACAUUUACACCUCCCAUGGACGAAAUUACUCCAGCGACAGCUUUGUCCUCCCCAAGUCCACAACCAGCGCUGGUUUUCACUGAAGAAGAUGAGGAUGACGAAGAGUCAUUCACCUCUUUUAAUCAGGUCUCGAGCUUUGGUCGAGUCCCAUCAACUCCUCCCACUCUUGUUUCUCGCUAUGAUUCUCCUUCCUCCAUUCCUCGUCUCGUUUCCAAACUACCGUCUUCCCCUCCAUCACCAAGAGCCGUUUCUCCCCUCAACUCCUUCGUCACUCCGCCAACAAAGCGUGGAGGUGUUAUGCCCUCAUUCAUCCCUCAGCCCUCAACACCUUCCCGCAUCAACACCUCUUCGUCAUUUUCCACCAAUGCAUCGACGAAGCCCAGUACGACUUUCAUCCGUCAGCCACCUCGACAGCCUUUGCUGCCCAGCCGCAAGGCCGCGCAAACAAAUGACGACACGACGCCUCAUGUCCGCUCCAGAUACACAGACGAAUCAGUUGCCCAUCAAGGUUCAGACAUGAAAAGUGUUGAUUUGUCGGAGCGCAAUAUACCAACGGGAGAAACGAGUACUGCAUCCAUCUCGCCUUCUACUCUUGCUUCUUCCAUAAUGUCUUCUCCCCUUGCAGGACGUCUCUCUUCUUUGAUAUCUUGGGGCAUGGCUUCGAGUGAUGCCACAGUGCAUGACUCGCCACCUCUUGCUUCAUCGGCUGCGCCAGUAAAGCGAGGUUAUGUCUCCAAGCAGAGUCAGCUUGAACGUUUGAAGUCGCGGCUGGAACGAGAGACACUGCAAGGAAGUCGGGGUAGAAAGCAAGAGGAUGAGGCGAUAUUUUUAUGA